AUGGAGGGAAAGAAACAAAGCUCAAGCAUCUAUAUUUUUGCACUAGGAUUCAUUUUGGCUUUUGCCUUUCCAACCCUUUUGAAUGCUUCAAGAUUUUAUGCAAGAAAAGACCAUUUGUUCCCUGAAUUCAUAAAGUGGCAUAUAUCUAUUGUGAAUUCAUUGAGCUACGAUCAGAACUUGUUCACACAUUGCAAAUCAACAGAUGAUGAUUUGGGCAUCAAUAAUUUAUCUCCAGGUUCCAAUAUUACUUGGAGUUUUAGGACUGAUUUCUUCCAUUCAACACUUUUUUGGUGUUAUUUGAGCAAAGACAGUGCUUCUGUUCAGUUUCAGUCUUUCUGGUAUGAUUCUCGUCUUUUCAACAAGUGUAAUUGGAAGAAUUGCAUUUGGGUUGCUAAAGAUGACGGAGUUUAUCUAAAAAAUUUGAGUCAAAGCCGUGAUGAGUUGUAUUAUCAGUGGGAAUUUUGA